UGUUGCGUGUUUUCAGUUCGGAGCGAUGCGCGAGCGCUUCACUACCAACUCGUUCACAUGAUGUAUUCAUGACUUUCGAUAAAUCAUACAUCGUUUCGCACCAAACAGUUCAGCAGAAAGGGAAGAAGGACACGUCGAAUCUGCAAACGCCGAUGUUUAUAAUAAGGAAGAACAAUUUCCGACAGUUUCAACCGUCGAGACAACGGAGUUGUCUGGAGUAAUGGGAGUGAUACAAAGAUUGCCCUGAUGCUGGGAUUUCUCGCGUUAAAUCUCCUUUAAAAACACGGAAGCGAUGUUACCGGCCUCUGCCGUGGUCGUUUGGGAAUGGCUCAACGAGCACGGUCGUUGGCGGCCCUACAGACCGGCUGUUUCUCACCACAUAGAGGAGGUGAUAAGAAGCGAUCCCCGCGGCGGCGGCGGCGUCGUUUUAGGCCGAGCCGACAACCGCCUGUCCCCGUACAUCAUCGAUCGACAGUCCAUGCAUCAGUUCAGACAAGAUACGGGUACAAUAAGACCAGUCCGGCGGAGUUUCUAUGACCCCACCUCAGCACCAGGCAAAGGUUGGAUAUGGGAGUGGGAAAAUGAUGCAGGUUCCUGGAUAGUGUAUGACACAGAGGUGAGCAUCGCCUUGCAAGCGGCACAUGACCGGCAGCAACCCUCUUUGGACCUGACGUCGUUGGGCUUUUGCUACCUCGUGGACUUCCAGGCCAUGACCCAGUUUAACAUGCAAACGCAACGGAAGCGCCGCAUUCAGAGACGCUCUGACAUGGUUUAUCCAUUUGUCUAUGGGCCAUUGCCCAAAUCUUCAGAGGCUCGUAGUCUAACUGGAAGGACAAUGAGAGGAGCUUCAUCAGGUGGGGGGUCAACUGGGGCCCUUCUUGGGAUAGGUGUUUCUGGUUCAACCCUGAUCAGAAAAGGAAGUGUGGUUUACCCUAGCGGGACGCUUUCAGUCUCGUCUCUCACUCCUCUUGGACAACCGUGUGCCUGCAAGCAGUGCAUGCUGGUAAUGAGGAUAAAGACGCAUGCCACGGCGUCGCAGACACUAGGACGCAAAACUCACGCAACAAAAGCAAACCAUCCUAAAUCCAGCUUUGGGACACUUCCAAAAAACUCAAAAUCUUUGUCUGUUUUAAACUCUCUCUCCCAUACCAUACCAGAUGGCUUGUCCUUCAGUUGUACGCCUUCUGAAAAACCCAAGAACUCAAGUGAUUUUGCUCGUUCGCUAUCCCAUCUCACUUCGGACACUGGAGCUCUCACAAUGUCAUCUAGCUGCUCAUCGCCUCCACCUUUAUACCCUUCAAACAAACCGCAUCUUUCAUCUGCCCAAAACACAUCUUCAGCAACAGUGGUGCAAACCGCAAUGCUCGUCAAUGUGCUAUCAAGUACUACACCGUCCACAACUUUUUCAACUACAUUACCCCAACAACGGUCAGCUACCUAUGCUGCCCCUCUGCCACCUCGUGCCAGUCUGGCAGGGCUUAGUCGGCCUGCUUUGCAGAGAAUCGCAAUGGCACAGUCACAAGCACUUGUCGCCUCUGGGAUACCGACAGUGCCAGUGAAAAACCUUAAUGACUCCAGUACUGUUCUUCCUGCUUUAGCUGGUAUAACUGGCAUUCUGAUGAGUGCAGCUGGACUACCUGUGUGCUUGACUCGCCCACCUAAAGUAGUUCUACAUCCCCCAUCUGUCAGCAAGAGCGACAUUAAACCAAUUCCUGGCGUUGGACACGGUUGCCGCAAGACCACCAAGAAGCAAGCCCACAAAGGAAGAACGCCAGAGGAGGUGGUAAAGAAAUACUUGCAGAAGGUCAGGAAUCCACCCGAAGAAGAUUGCACUAUAUGCAUGGAAGCUCUGGGGGGACCAUCGGGAUAUAAGGGUCCGGACAUGACGAGCGUUUCACGUACAGAGUCAAUAGGAAGACUGACACAGUGUGGGCAUCUGUAUCAUCUGCAGUGCCUGGUUGCCAUGUAUAACAAUGGCAUCAAAGAUGGCAGCCUGCAGUGUCCCACGUGCAAGACAAUAUACGGAGUAAAAACGGGCAACCAGCCACCUGGUAAAAUGGAAUACCAUGUCAUCCCUCACUCGCUGCCAGGACACCCAGACUGCAAAACCAUUCGCAUCAUCUACAACAUACCGUCCAGCAUACAGGGUCCAGGGCAUCCAGAACCAGGGAAGCCUUUCACCGCAAGAGGAUUUCCCCGUCAUUGCUAUCUUCCAGAUAAUGAAAAAGGGCGCAAGGUGUUAAGGAUGUUGUUGGUGGCGUGGGAUCGAAGACUAAUUUUCUCAGUUGGCACCUCUAGCACAACAGGAGAAUCAGACACUGUCAUCUGGAAUGAGAUCCAUCACAAAACAGAAUUUGGCUCCAAUCUAACUGGACAUGGCUAUCCAGACCCUGGGUAUCUUGACAACAUACUGCAGGAGUUGAAGGCCCAGGGCAUCACUGAAGAGGAGGGAAAACAACAGUGAACAAAAAAUAAAGACAAUGCGAUGCUGGAUCUUGUGGAUGGUAGAUGUUGAAAUGGGGGUGUUUUCUGCAUAGAAUUUGUAAAUAAGCUAGAAGAAAACUUUGCUUGUGUUUGAGUAACAACUAAGAUAAUACUGUUUGGUUAAGGAUGAACAGGAAAUUUUUAAGUGUGAGAGGAAAAAGAAAGGAACUUGUGGGAGAAGCCAGAACGGGAGUUGGAAGAGACUUGAGAGGUGGAAAAUGAGGACAUGAAGUAAUCAAGAAAGUGGUUUGCAAGGGACAGGUUUUAUUUGUUCAGUUAUGUGGUAGUAUGAGAUUGUUUGAGUUGAGUGAAACAAAUGCAAGCAUGGGUAUAUACACAGUAACCAAUAGGAAAUCUUUACCUAAAGCAUUCCCAAGCUGUCCACUAGAACUGAGAGCUUUGCAUACUGAAUGUUGUGUUAUUGUUAGUAGUAUUAUGCAACAUUUGCCUGUGUAUCAAAUCUUUGGUAUUCAGAACUUAUAUUUUUGUACGUUUAUGGAUAAAAUUUAGAGUUCUCUGGCAGUAGACGUAGAAUAAUGAUUAUCUUGAUUUAGUCAUUUAUGCUUGUUUACACGAAGCAUGAGAUUGUUUAUCUGUUUAUUAGGUUUUUGAGCUCUUUACAAGAACCCACAGAGGAAAUAAUACAAGUAGAAGAAUUAGUGAUGCUGUUUAAAGUCUAGCAUAUAAUGGUCCAAAUAUUAUUUAGUGCUUUAAGGAAUGAUGUGCUUCUACGCAUAAAGGUUAAGGUACAUUUUUAACAAUGAAGAUGCAUUAACGGUGCUUUUGGACGGUCUGUCAAUGAAAUAGAUUGCACAGUUCUUAGUAAUACCUCAGCCUUUUUUUUACUUAUAGCAAGUCCAGAAUGAGUCUAGAAAUGGCAAGGCUUUAAAGUUAGAAUAUUGUUGGAGGUUGCAAAACUUUGUACAUUGUACAUAUUCUCAGCUUUUUGAAAGUAGAAAGUCCUCAUGCUAAAGAAUUAAAGUGAUCGUUAACCCAAGAAAAACAAAUUCUGUCAUAAUUUACUUACCUUCUUGUCAUUUCAAAGCUGUAUGACUUUCUUUCUCCCGCAGCAAACAAAAUAUGUUUUGAAGAAUGUAACUGGCCCCCAUUCACUUGCAUUGGUUUUGUGUCUAUACAAUCGAAAUGAAUGGGGGCCAAUGCUGUUUGGUUACCAGCUUUCUUCAAAAUAUAUUUUUGGGUCAUUGAAUUUGAGUAUAUUUGAGUAAAUGAUGAUAGAAUUUUGGGGUGAACUAUCAAUGACAAAAAUGGUGGGAAAGCAAGCAUUUCAUAGAUAAAUACUAGUUUAAUAAUCCCCCAAGGGACAGUGUAGCAAUAUUUUGCCAAAAUGAAUUCACUGCCAAUUCAUAAACUUUCAGAAAAGAUUUUGCGUACAAAACAAAUGGUAUGAACAGCUCUCAACUGCAAUUAUCAACUGUUUGUUUUGUACAGUUUCUGUAAGGUACAAUUUACCUGUUUUACAAUGAUCCACUUCUAGUGAAUUCUAGAACAUGCCGUUGUUUGUCAUGCGUGUAUGUUUGUGUACAUCUGGGUGCUUUCGUUUGUGAGAUGUACGUUUCCAUUGGUGCAUUGUUGUAUUCAUUUCUAUUCAAGUCGAGAGCCAUGGUGUCAGAAGUGUCCUUGUCCACCCUUAAACUACGUCAUUGGGUGCUUUCUCCUGCUUCAGUGGAAACGUACAGUCAUGCAUAUGCAUGCAGUUGUGCUUUAUAUAAAUAUGAGUGUAUGCUAUGCAUCCACCAGCUGUAAUUGUGGUACAUUUUUUUACUGAUCUGCAUAAUUUUCCUCAUUUUUUGUAUUUCUUUUAUAUUGAUUUAAAAAAAAUAUUUUCCUAACUAUUUUAGAAUGUUUAUUAUUUAGUAUGUCUUAACUGUUUUUAGUUUAUUUUUGUUUACCAAUAUAAUAAAUGCUAUUUUUGUUUACCAAUA